AUGUCUCUCAAGCCCAUUCUUCUCCACGGCCACGCUGGCGGCCCCAACCCCUGGAAGGUCGUCCUCCUCCUCAAGGAGCUCAACAUCCCCUACGAGCACAAGCUCUGGGACUUCCCCGACCUCAAGAAGCCCGAGUACGAGAAGCUGUGCCCCAACGGCCGCACCCCCACCAUCGAAGACCCCAACACCGGCAUCACAUUGUGGGAAUCCGGCGCCAUCCUCGAAUACCUCAUCGAAGAAUACGACAAGGAGAAUAAAUUCACAUACACCUCUUCUCCGGAAAAGUAUCAAUUGAAGCAAUGGCUGCACUUCCAAGUUUCCGGUCAAGGUCCUUACUUUGGCCAACGUGUGUGGUUUAACAUUUACCAUGCGGACAAGAUCCCCUCUGCCAUCGACCGCUACAGCAAGGAAAUAAAGCGUGUGCUUACCGUGCUGGACAAGCACCUCAAAGACCAAGGUACCGAUUACCUGGUCGGCGACAAAUACACCUACGCAGAUCUGGCCUUCAUUCCUUGGAACUUGCUGUUGCCGUUCAUCUUUGGUGAAGAGUCUGAGGCUUUCCAUGCGGAGGUGAAGAAGGAGUUGCCGACAUAUCAUGCUUGGUUCGAGAGAAUUAUGGCGAGACCUGCUAGUCAGGAGAUGAAGAAGGAGAGGGAGAAGAACUUUGAGAAGAAGGAGUAGAGUGGGAUCUGAAUGAGAUAGCUCGAGAC